CCAUGCUGACAAACUCAACUGCAUACUAUUCAAAGUCCCAUCCCCCAAAACAAGCCCACUUGUCUGCUAAUAUUCUUCAUCCACAAGACAAGAGAAGAUCCAUGCUAAUUCAUUCGCAUCAACGAUAAGGACCUUCAAGAACAAGAAAAGGAAAAGCGUAGACAGAGAAAAUGAAGCGAGAGGCUGUGACUUUGGUGCUGGUGAAUCUAGCUGGGAUCAUGGAGAGAGCAGACGAGUCUUUGCUUCCUGGAGUGUAUAAAGAAGUUGGUGCUGCCCUUCACACGGAUCCUACUGGACUUGGGUCCUUGACUUUGUUUAGGUCUAUAGUGCAGUCCUCUUGCUAUCCCAUAGCUGCAUAUUUAGCCGUCAGGCAUAAUCGAGCCCAUGUUAUAGCUCUUGGUGCCUUUCUCUGGGCUGCUGCUACUUUCCUCGUUGCCUUCUCUUCCACUUUCUUUCAGGUGGCUGUAUCGAGAGCUUUGAAUGGCAUUGGGCUUGCUAUAGUUGCACCUGCUAUCCAGUCCCUUGUAGCUGAUUCAACCAAUGAUAGCAACCGUGGCACAGCCUUUGGAUGGCUACAACUAACAGCCAACCUUGGUUCGGUUAUUGGGGGACUCUGUUCACUAUUGAUAGCUCCAAUAACAUUUAUGGGAAUCCCUGGAUGGAGGCUUUCAUUCCAUCUUGUUGGAAUAAUUAGUAUUGUAGUAGGAGUAUUAGUCUACCUUUUUGCCCGUGAUCCACACUUUUCAGAUGAUAAUGUGAAAGCUAGGAAUCAAGAUGCAAGUAAAUCCUUUUGGUCAGAAGUGAAGGAUCUGUUUCAAGAAGCCAAAUCAGUUAUAAAAAUUUCAUCUUUCCAGAUAAUUGUGGCUCAGGGAAUUACUGGUUCAUUCCCUUGGUCAGCUAUGACGUUUUCAGCAAUGUGGUUAGAGCUUAUUGGCUUCUCCCAUGAGAAAACUGCAUUUCUCUUAGCAUCGUUUGUAAUUGCUGGUUCCUUUGGGGGCCUUUUUGGAGGCAAAAUGGGAGAUAUCCUUUCCACACGUUUCCCAAACUCUGGAAGAAUAAUUCUAGCACAGAUAAGCUCUGCAUCAGCAAUCCCUCUAGCAGCAUUGCUUCUGUUGGCUUUACCUGAUGAUCCAUCAACAGCAAUCGCACACGGAUUUGUUUUGGUCAUUAUGGGGUUGUGCAUCACUUGGAAUGCUCCAGCUACAAACAAUCCAAUUUUUGCAGAAAUAGUUCCUGAGAGAUCCCGGACAAGCGUCUAUGCUUUGGAUCGAUCAUUCGAGUCCAUACUGUCAUCAUUUGCUCCUCCAAUAGUUGGAAUACUAGCUCAACAUGUUUAUGGUUAUAAACCCAUUCCUAAUGGAUCUACUGAAUAUGAAGAGAUUGCUACAGAUAGAAGAAAUGCUGCAUCAUUAGCCAAAGCUUUGUAUACAGCAAUAGGAAUACCAAUGGCCCUGUGUUGUUUCAUUUAUUCUUUCCUCUAUUGUACCUACCCAAGAGACAGAGAGCGGGCUCAGAUGCAAGCAUUGAUAGAGUCAGAGAUGGAACAGUUGAUGUUAGAUGAUUCACCUAGAAGUGGAGAAUACUCCCAAGUUCAGUUAUUUGAAGCUGAAGAACCAUCUGUUAAAGACAGAAGUGUUAUCGAAAUGAAUUACGAGGGGGAGGAUGGUCUUGAUCUAGAUGCCGAUGAUGAGAAGAUGGUGCUUUACCGCCAGCUAACAUUCUCUAACUUAGGUGAAUAGCACAAUUUGAGUUUGAUAAAGAUGACGAAGACAAGCAAUUAAUUAAUAGUCUCCAUGGCUGGUGAAAGUUAAAAGAAGAUGAAGCUGGCUUAACCUACAAUGGCUACUUCCUAAUAAAGCAUUUCGGCUUAUGAAACAACAAAUUUCUUGGUUGGAUAUUGUUGGGAAUUUUUCUUAGUUAUGGUUCAUUAGAGUAGCCAUCUACGACUCUCUUGUUUUGGCCAUAAAUUAUUCAUUGGUGUGUGAUCAAUGAGAAUUACCGUAGGGAUCGGCUUAUUGCAUACCA